CCACCGAUAUGCCGCCACAUUCGAGUCCCGACGUAUAUAAGCGUCGGCGUCGCUGUUCCAGAACACACAUCCAGCAGCUAGCAACAGCUAAUCAUGGCAAUCUCUCGAACUGUUCUCCUGGUCAUCUGCCUUCUCGUAGCCACUACUUUGGCUGAAUUCAACCGCGAAAAAAGAUCUCCGGAUGGACACGGACAUCAUGGACAUCACGAUCACGGACACCACGGUGCUGCUCCUAUUCACACUCCCGAUGUUGGCGCAGCCUAUGGUGGCCCAGUAGCAGUUCCAACUUUUGAUCAACAGGCUCACCACCACGAUCAUCAGCACCAAUCGGCUCCGACUUACGAAGCUCAACCGGUUGCUUCAUCACAUGAUGUCCAACCUUCCUACGAUGCACAGCAACCAGCCCAAGAGCAUUUCGAAGAGCAUGCCUUUUCGGCUGAACCGGUUGUUCCUUCUUACGAUGCCCAGCAGUCUGCUCCCUCCUACGAUGCCCAGCAAGCUGCACCAUCUUUCGAUGCUCCACAGGGACCUCAAGAAUAUGAAGCCCAAGCUCCACCUUUCUUCGGUUCUUCAGCUCCCGAAUAUAAUCCUCCGGCUCCUGAAUACUCGCCACCUGCUCCUCAACAUCAUGAAGCUCCUCCAGCUCCUCAAUAUAGUCCUCCUGCUCCUCAACACAGCCCGCCUGCUCCUCAAUAUAGUCCUCCUGCUCCUCAAUACAGCCCACCUGCUCCUUCCUACUCACCACCUGCUCAACAGGCGUACCCGACCCAAGCAGCAUCUUCUUACAGUCCUCCUUCACCUCAAUACAAUGCCCCAGCUCCUUCCUACUCCCCACCAGCUCAGUCCUAUGAAGCCCCCCAACAGUCUUACGAAGCACCUCAACAGUCAUACGGAGCUCCAAAAGGCAAGAAGCCCAAGGGUAGCUAUGGUGCCCCUAAAGCUCCUAAAGCCCCAAAAGCCCCUAAAUUCAAGCGACCCAAGUCAGGCUAUGGCGCUCCCAAGGCCGCAAAGAAGCCCAAGUCCAGCUACGGAGCACCUCAGCAAUCGUACGGUGCCCCAGUGCAGUCCUAUGCAGCUCCAGCUCCUUCAUACCAGGCUCCAGCUCCUUCUUAUCAGGCUCCAGCUCCUUCUUAUCAAGCCCCGGCUUACUCGGCUCCCGCUCCAGUCUACGCUCCCCAGGCCCCCCAGCAAUCCGCCUAUCCGGUCCAGCAGCAAGGCUAUGGCCGCUAAACAUGACGUGAGUUCACUGGUUGAUUCACGUUUCAUUUGUUUAAUCAUCAUCAAGCUUCGUAGUAUUAGAACUAUUUGUUACUUUUCAUCACCCGCUUACAGUUAUACCCACUUUUUUACUCAGCCAAUUAAUUGAACGUUACAAUGCAUGUUAUCUGCUCAAUUAAAUGUUGUUUCCACAUCACUGAAUAAUUCAAAACAAUAAAAGAAGCUGGUUUCCUUGACAA